AUGUCCGAAGAGCCGUCCCAACUACGGGAAUACCUGAUAUAUUUUGCCCAGAUUCACGAGACGUUCAGAAAAGCAGAGUUAGACUCACUUUCCCAACUGACCGGUGUGGGGGUCCAAUGGAAGGAGUACUCCGAUGAUUCUCCAUUCGCGAUAGUCCACCUUCCCAACAACUCCUCCGCAAAAACUCUUGUAGAGCGCUCAAUCCUGGCAAAAGGUGUCUACGAGCUCUGGGGAGCAGGUCCAAACUACGACCACCUCCACGCAACCAUCAAAUCCCAAACACCCUACCUCUGGCUAUCAUGCAUGUCACGUUCCUUCAAAUUCGAAAUAGAAUGUUACAAUGGGAAGCGCAAGCAAUCAGCGCAGCGGGAGAUAAUCGAAAGCUUUGCCUACCUCGGCCUUGACGGGGAGAUAAGGAUGAAGGACCCAGACAUAAUCUUCACCGUGUUGGAGGAAUUUCCGGAGAAAGUGGCGACGCCCACGCGCAUAUUCUUCGGGCGGAGGGUGGGUAGUGGGAGUCGAGCGCUUGUUGAAAGGUACGAUUUGAAGAAGAGGCAUUACAUCGGGACUACUUCUAUGGACGCGGAGCUGGCGCUGGUGACGGCGAAUAUGGCGCUCGUUGCGCCCGGGAAGAUUGCCUUUGACCCGUUCGUUGGGACGGGGUCGUUUGUGGUUUCGUGUGCGCACUUUGGCGGGUUGUGUCUGGGGUCCGAUAUCGAUGGGCGGCAGAUCAGAGGGAAGAAUGGAAGGAGUGUACUUAGUAAUUUUCAGCAGUAUGGGCUUGUUGGGAAUUACUUGGAUGGGUUCGUCUCGGAUCUUACGAACACGCCUAUACGCCAGACCGCUUUUAUCGAUGCGAUUUUGUGCGAUCCGCCCUAUGGCGUGCGUGAGGGGUUGAAGGUUCUCGGUAGUCGGGACCCGGAGAAGGGGAAGGAACCAGUUAUUCGGGGUGGGGUUUUGAGACACUUGCAGGACGACUACGUACCCCCCAAGCGACCCUACAGCUUCCUUGCGAUGCUGGACGACAUCAUGCAGUUCGCUGCAGACCACUUAGUCCCUGGUGGAAGGCUGUGCUUCUGGAUGCCUACUGCCAACGAAGACUUCUCGAAAUUGGAUAUUCCCAGUCAUCCACAGUUGCAACUGGUAUCCGUUUGCGUGCAAGAGUUCAAUAAAUGGUCGAGAAGACUAAUAACCUACUCGCGGAUACAAGGCGAUGCACAAGCCCCGCCCACGCGAGAACGGGAGGAGAGAAACGGAAGCAAAAAGGCGACGGCAGAUGAACUGAACUCGUUCCGGAAAAGGUACUUUGAAGGGUUCCGAUCUAGUGGAAUGUGA